GACAGAGGACAUCUCCAAACUUACAUAUGCAGCGCUCUCCUUAGCAGUUCAUAAUACUUUAUGGAAAAAUAAAACCCACUACAUGAAGAAAUCUGUGGUUAUGAACACAACCGAAAAUGGAGGCCUGAAUUUCUUAGAUUUUUCUACCCUUGAAUCACACCUUCAAAGUCAAUUGGAUUAGGCAAUUCCUUAAAAAAACAACAUCUGUCUGGAAUAUUAUACCUCACUUUAUCUUUUCACAGGUUGGUGGUCUUCAACUCCUUUUGCUCUGCGACUACAGCAUUAUCAAAAUUCCUUUAAAACCAUCUUACGUCCACAAACAGAUGCUUCUUUCUUGGAAUUUAAUCUAUAAACACAACUCUCCAAAUAGGUGUUUUAUGUGGAAUAAUAAUCACAUUCUGUAUAAAUCAAAAUAUUUUUUAAAAACCGUUUUGUAAUGAUAUCGUUUUUGUUAGCCAACUUUUUAACCAUGAAGGACUUAUGUUAAUCUAUCCUGAAUUUCUUUCUAAAUAUAAUAUUCCAGUCACUCCUAAAGAUUAUGCUGUGGUUAUGGAUGCUUCUUAAAAACACCUGUCCUCAACUCUCUCUAUCCCUGUUGGAUCCUGCUAAUACUGAAGUUGGUCGUAUCUGUUUCUCUCUUUCUCCUAUUAAGAAUAAUAAUUGUUUCAGAGGGCUUCGUUUCAGAGGGAUAUUGUCUCCAGUCCUGCUAUGGUUAUGUGGAUGGUCUGUUGUAGAGUAAAAUCUGGAAACUUCCUCAUAAAUAUUUAAUCACAAAUAAAAUCAAAGAAAUUUCUUUUAAACUCAUUUAUAAAUUAAUAGUACCCUUGUAAAUAUCUUGUAAACAGAUUUAAUUGUGAUAUUGAAAUAUUUUGUGGUUUACAUGCUGGAACAUUAUUUAUUUUGGAGUUGUCCUCGUUCAGUUUGUUUCUGGUCAGAUUUCUGUUCUUUUAUUAAGGCUCACAUCAUGCCCAGCUUUCAAGUGUGCUUUAAAAAAUUUCAAUUUGUUUUUUUUUCUCCUAUGCUUCUUUUUUUCUCCUAUGCUUCUUCUAGCUAAAUUUAGUAUUCAUGAAUGUAAAUUUGGGGGAAAUAAGCCUUUGUUUUUAAGAAGUUAAACAAUACCUAAAUAUAAUGUUAUGUUUAAAAAACAAGAAAGCUGUGAAAUGUGUUUCUGUUUGUAAACAUUUUCAUAUUUUUAUUUAAAGUGAUAGUUCACCCAAAAAUGAAAAUUUGAUGUUUAUCUGCUUACCCCCAGGGCAUCCAAGAUGUAUUUUUUUAGAAAAUGACCAAUCGUUUCGCUAGAUAAGACCCUUAUUCAGGUAUCGUUUAAAGCCCUUUGAAGCUGCACUGAAACUAUAAUUUUGACCAUUUGGAGACCACUGAAGUCCAUUAUAAGGAGAAUAAUCCUGGAAUGUUUUCAUCAAAAACCUUAAUUUCUUUUCGACCAAAGAAAGAAAGACAUGAACAUCUUGGAUGACAUGGGGGUGAGUAAAUUAUCAGGAAAAUUUUAUUUGAAAGUUGACUAAUCCUUUAAACUACGCCAGAGCGUGUAUACACCUCACGCACCGGAUGCCGUGCGUGCGCUUGGGGCAGCUGGACAUAGUGGUGUAUUAGAGGUAAAAAAUGAUAUAAAUACUGUUCGGUUUCUCGCACAAACCGAUCGUUUCGUGUCUUAAGACAUCAAUGUGUCGUCACGAGCCGCAGGGUUUAAUUUGGAUUUGUCUGUGCAUGUUUUUUUGACUCUUAUAGAUGGAGUUCCCAUUGACAAGCAUUAUACGACUGACGGACUGCAACGGUUGGAGUUAAAAAUCAUCAUUUGUGUUCUACUGAAGAAACAAAGUCACCUACAUCUUGGAUGCCCUGGGGAACCCUUGGAUUAUCCGUCUACCUCCAGUAUCUCCAGGAUCAUGGCUUCAACCGCAUGGGCUCCAGAGGCAUUUUCUUGCCCUAUAUGUUUGGAAAUACUGAGAGACCCUGCGACACUCCCCUGCGGGCACACAUACUGCCUCCUCUGUAUCCAGACGCACUGGGAUCAGGCAGCGACUAAGGGCUCCUGUGAGUGUCCUCAGUGCAGACAGCGCUUCAACCCAAGGCCCGUCCUAGCCAGAAGCAACGUGCUUAUGGAGGCGAUGGAGAAGCUGAGACUGAGUGGGCAGGACGGCCCAGAAUCUGCUCCGUGUCCAGACGUGCCCUCCUCCCAGGCCGGACUGUACCCCGCUCUGCCCUCGAGCUCCCCACAGCUCUGUCCACUGCAUCAGCAGGUGCUGGAGCUGUACUGCUGUGAUGAUAAACACUGCAUCUGUGAGGAGUGUAGCCUUCUGGGACACAAGGGUCAUCAGGUGGUGCGGCCGGAUGAAGAGCGACAGAAGAUUCAGCAAGAGCUGAUGGAAUUGAAUGCCCGGAUACAAGAGAGCAUCGCAGACAGAGAGAGGGUUAUUCAGAGCCUUCCCCAGGUUUCUCAAGCACACAAGAGCUCAAUGCAGAAGCUGAUGAUGGACAGUCAGGCCGUCUUCAUGGAUGUGUUGAGGAGCGUUGAUCUCAGCCGCUCUCAGGCGCUCGAGCUGCUUCAGGCUCAUGAGAAAUCGUCCUCGAGCCACAUACAGGCCCGAACCUACCAGAUACAGCAGGAGAUCGCCCAUUUGCACCGGAGACAAGAGGAGCUGAAGACACUGGACAGCAUUCAGGAUCCCAUCACCUUCCUGAACACAUUCAUGGCGGUGGACUCCAUGGAUCCGGCGGGAAGUGUAGCGAUGGAGAUAUUGACUCCAGAGUCAGUGAUAUCAGGAGUCAGAUCGUCUCUGGAUGCUUUCAGAGAGGGGGCAGAAAAUCUCACCAAAACCAGCCUGGCCAGUAUCUUUAGAGUUGUCAAUGAUGCGGCUGCUCUGGCACAAUCAUCCAGUCAGUCAUGUGACGGAGGCGUCAUCUCCAGCGAAUCACAGCCGCCCUCACAAACCCCAGCUUUUCAGAUUACAGAAGUAAAGUCUGUCUCUGUGAAACCGGAUGUUAAACCCAAAGUCAAAGCUUUGUCUCCUGCAACACAAGAACAGCACAAGAAACAGGACUGUCCCUCUGCCAAUCCUAUGGAGGGAACAGCAUCCUGUUGUCUGUCUAAACCAGCUCCUAAAACCAGAGAGGAAAUGCUUAAAUUCCGCAUCGAGCCUACACUAGAUCACAACAGUGCUUUCCGUCAGAUUCGUUUAUCUGAUGGAUAUCGCAAGGCGACUCUCUGCGCGGAGAACCAGAGCUAUCCGGAUCAUCCGGACCGCUUCGUGUACUGGAGGCAGGUGAUGUGUGUGGAGCCGCUGGCCGGGAGCCCGUACUACUGGGAGGUGGAGUGGACGGGACAGAGGGUGACUGUUGGCGUGGCGUAUAAAGACAUGGAGCGCUCUGCAGCCGAGGACAGCGCCAGACUGGGCCACAACACACGAUCCUGGAGCCUGUACUGGUCCGGCAAGGCUUUCUCUAUGUGGCAUGCUGGGAAAGAAACCGCACUGGCUGGUCCCAAAGCCAAGCGUAUCGGGGUUUACCUGGACCAGCAGGCCGGCGUACUGGCUUUCUAUCGAGUCUCGCACAAUCAGGCCCAGGAGAUAUGUUGCGUUCACACGGAUUUCGACGCUCCUCUCUUCGCCAGUUUCCGCUUCUGGUCUGGAGUCGGCUCCUCCAUCACUAUCUGUGAGCUCAACUGAAGAGAAAAGAAGUACAGAAGCAUAUGCCUUUAUAGCUUUCUGUAUCUGUUUUUCAUCACAACUUGACUGGCAAAAUAAAAACACAAUACUAAUGCAUCAUAAGGUUUUGUGAUAUAUGUGUUUGUCUAACUUUCAUCUGAAUAACAGCAGAUACAUGUGAACAUUAAGCACAAUUAUCUAUAAUUUACAUGUUUACGGUUAAAUAGCAACAGUAUUCUGAACAUAUAGAAUAUAUUUGACUUCAAGAGCUGUUCCUUAUAAAAUGUGAACUUAUCUAUCCAUAUAAAGGUAUUUUUUAUGUUUGUAAAAAGCAUCAAAAUGUAGCAAUGAUGCAGUUGACUGAAUCAAACAGAGCUAGCAAUGAAAUAAAAUGUAAUUUGUUUUACAUUCAAUAGUGGUCCUAAUUGAACAGGUUAAAAAUGUUCCAGAUACUUGUUUGCUCUCAAACUCUUUCUGUCACUUUACUUGUGUGAAGAAAGAGUGUAAACCAAACACUGAGCUGAAGUCUGUCAUUAGAGCAAAACGUUUAAUCUGGAUCAGAAUGAUCUGGAUUUCGAAAUCCCAUGUUUUGCUAUCCAGGAUCAGGUAAUCCAUCUUACUUUUGUGCUGGUUUUUCAAAGCAACAUCGGAUUGGAUCACCCUGAUCCAGAUACACACUCUAAAGACGAGAGCAAAGCAUGCUGGGAACUAAAAAUCCACUACCCACUUUCAACACAAAUGAUGAAGUAAACUUCAGUUUGACAUGUUUAAGUGUAUUUUACUCAAUUAAAUUAGGACAGAAUGUGCAGUAAUUGUGUGGUUCUAACUCAUAUUAAUGAAGUACAUUUAACAAGCAGCAGAAAUCAUUUUUACAGUGUAGAUUAAAAGAUGGGACAGAUUGAUAAUUCCUGAUUGUGAUGUGUUUUAUCUCCAUCAGAUUCCCAUCAGUUCACUAUGGAUCUGAACACAGUGAAUAAACGCCUCCGUCUGUCUGAGAGAAACACAGUGAUUACUAACACUCUCACAGAGCUUCAGCCUUAUCCUGAUCAUCCAGACAGAUUUGAUGAUGUGCCUCAGGUGUUGUGUAGAGAGAGUGUGUGUGAUCGACGCUGUUACUGGAAAAUUGAGUGCAGUGGAGAUUACGUGGACAUAUCAGUGUCAUAUAAGAGCAUCAGCAGGAAGGGAGACAGUAAAGAGUGUUGUUUGGACAUAAUGAUCAGUCCUGGAGUUUGAUCUGCUCUCCUGACGGUUACUCAUUCAUACACAAUAACAUAGUGACUGUUCUCCUUGUAAAGCCCAUCAUCAGCCGUAGAGUAGGAGUGAAUGAGGAGGAUCACUAUAGAACAGUAGUGUAUGUGGAUCACAGAGCAGGAACUCUGUCCUUCUACAGACACAAUGAGCCUCAUCCACACAGUCCUGACCACAUUCACUCAACCACUCUGUCCUGGGUUUGGGGUUUAUCGUUAUGGAUCAUCGGAGAAACUGUGUUGAUGAAUCAGAACAGACUUUAGAGAGAUUCUACCCAUAAUGCUUUGAGCUUAUGAUGAAUCAGUGACAGUGAGAUGUUAUAGAGACUCUUCAUUACAUUAUCAUCACACCAUAGUCUAUAGGUUACAAAAAUAUAAUGUCCACAGACACAUUUAAACACAUUUAUCAGUUGUUACAUCCGAAGGUACAAAGGAAGAGCACGAGCUGAAGGUUGUUCUGCUGUUACACAAAGAACCUGUCAUUCAGUGACAGACGACUGAAGAAAGGCCGGAACACACCAAGCCGACAGUUGGCCGUCGGGCAGUUUUUGUUCGUCGACCGACUAAGUUUUCUCAGUGUGUUCUGCACCAUCGGCUGAAGUUGGUCCUCGUCAGCUUUUUUCCGGCCGAUUCGACAUGUUGAAUCGGCGUCGGCGCUCGUCGGUCCGUCGGGCCAUCUGAUCAUUCUGAUUGGCUGUUCAGCUACUGCCACCUGCUGGUACGGAAAGGCAUUUCAUCUUGCGCAGGCGCAGAACGGACGUGCUACUUGUCCAUCGGGUGUCGAGCAUCGGUUUGGUGUGUCAGGCCAACUUUGGACACAGACGCUGCCGACGUGACCCAACCCCGCAGUCUGCUUUCGUCACCACUAGUUCGUCGGCGUCGGCUUGGUGUGUUCCGGCCUUGAAACUAAUGAGAACAUUAAACUGUUAUCUAGAAGUAAACAACUGUAGUUUAGGCACAAGUCAGCCGCGACGCUGAGAGAAUAAUUACCUUUAUGGAAUAAUUCACUAAUGUGCUGAAAUACAAUGUGAACUAAUAUUCUCAGUUGCAGUCGCGCAUGUCUGGGAAACUCAUGAAUAUCCAUGUACAGGUGCUGGUCAUAUAAUUAGAAUAUCAUGAAAAAGUUCAUUUUUUUUUAUUGUAAAUUAUUUUUAAAAAUGAAACUUUCAUAUAUUCUAGAUUCCCUACAUGUAAAGUAAAACAUUUCAAAAGUUUUUUUUUUUUUUUUUAAAUUUUGAUGAUUAGAGCGUACAGCUCAUGAAAGUCCAAAAUCCAGUAUCUCAAAAUAUUAGAAUAUUUCCUAAGAUCAAUCAAAAAAUGGAUUUGCAAAACAGAAAAGUUCAAGUUCUUUAAAGUAUGUUCAUUUGUGCACUCAAUACUUGGUCGGCAGCACAUAUUACAGCAAAUGACUUGCUCCUAGCACAAAUGACAGCAUCAGUGAAGUGUGGCAUGGAAGUGAUCAGCCUGUGGCACUGCCGAGGCACUAUUGAGCCUUCAGAUCAUCUGUAUAUUGUUGGGUCGACUGUUUCUCAUCUUUCUCUUGAAAAUAUCCCAUAGAUUCAGGUCAGGCAUGUUGGCUGGCCAAUAAAGCACAGUAAUAUCAUGGUCAGCAAACCACUUGGAAGUGGUUUUUGCACUGUGGGCAGGUGCUAAAGUCCUGCUGGAAAAGGAAAUCAGCAUCUCCAUAAAGCUUGUCAGCAGAUGGAAGCAUAAAGUGCUCCAAAAUCUCCUGGAAGAUGGCUGCAUUGACUUUGCACUUGAUAAAACACAAUGGACUAACACCAGGAGACAUCACAGCCCCCCCAAAUCAUUACUGACUUCAGAAACUUCACACUAGACUUCAAGCAGCUUGGAUUCUGUGCCUCUCCAGUCUUCCUUCAGACUCGGGGACCAUGAUUUCAACAUGAAAUGCAAAAUUUACUUUUAUCUGAAAAGAGGACUUUCGACCACUGUUCACUGUCCAGUUCUUUUUCUCCUUAGCCCAGGUAAGAUGCUUCUGACAUUGUUUCUGUUUCAGAAGUGGCUUGGUAGUCCUUUUCCUGAAGAUGUCUGAGUGUGGUGACUCUUGAUGCGCUGACUCCGGCUUCAUUCUACUCAUUGUGAAGCUCUCCCAAGUGUUUGAAUCGGCUUUACUUGACAGUAUUCUCAAGCUUGCGGUCAUCCCUGUUGCCUGUGCACCUUUGCCUACCCAAUUUCUUCCUUCCAGUCAACUUUGCAUUUAAUAUGCUUUGAUAUUUCACUCUGUAAACAGCCACCCCAUUCAGUAAUGACCUUCUGUGACUUAGUCUCUUUGUGGAGGGUGUCAAUGAUUGUCUCCUGGACCAUUGCCAAUUCAGCAGUCUUCCCCAUUAGUGUGGUUUCAAAGAACAAGAGAUACCCGGAAUUUAUACUGUAGGGAUGGUCAUUUAAUGAAACUCAAAUGUAAAUAUUCUAAUAUUUUGAGAUACUGGAUUUUGGACUUUCAUUAGCUGUACGCUCUAAUCAACAAAUUAAAAAAAAAAAAAAACUUUUGAAAUGUUUUACUUUACAUGUAGGGAAUCUAGAAUAUAUGAAAGUUUCAUUUUUUAAAAUAAUUUACAAUAAAAAAAUGAACUUUUUCAUGAUAUUCUAAUUAUAUGACCAGCACCUGUAAGCUCUGCCUUCGGAAACCGAAAAUCUCGUAACAGCGGUUAGGGGUUAAAAUUCAUUUGUCCUUCCAUCACAAUGUCCCUUCAGGGUUUCCGUAGCCCCUUAUGUGACCCACAACAAAAACAAACAAAUAUACAUUCAGUAAGGGAUACAGUUGUUAGAAACUACUUUUGACUGGUUCA